AUGGCAGAUAAAAUCAAAGUCAAGUCAAAUUUUGACAAGAAGGGCAAUUAUGAGCCGUCCGACUCAGAAGAUGAAUAUACACCUAAAGAGAAAAGAUUACUGGAGAAGGUGCGGAAAAGAAAACGUGAUGAAUCAGAAAGUGAAGAAGAAAUGUAUGCUUUCUCUGAAUCUGGCGACUCUGACAAUGAGAAGGAUGAUUUAGGAAUAGCUGACAGUGAUGUAGAAGGACAAGAACAAUCUGAUGAUGAUUUACCUGAUUCUAAGGCUUGGGGAAAAAAGAAAAGAUCAUAUUAUGCAACUGAUUAUGUUGAUGAGGACUAUGGAGGCUUCGGGAAUGAUGAAGAAAUUGCUCUUAUGGAAGAAAAAGAAGCAAAAGACAUUCAAAAAAGACUCUUAGAACAGCUCGGAGAAGAAGAUUUCAAACUAGAUUUUUUGACAAAACAGGUUGCUGAUGUUGAAGAAAAACAAACUGUGAUAAAGAGUGAUUUAAGUCAAAUGUCAAAAAGGCAAAAGUUACAGCUGCUUGAAAAAGAAAGCCCCGAGUUUGCAGGUCUGAUUGACGAUUUUAAAUCUAAGUUAACAGUUGCAAAGGAUGAUUUACAUCCUCUCCUAAAGCUCGUCAAAGAUGGCAAGCUUCCCACUUGUCCCGCAUCAAAAUUUGUCAAAACUAAUUAUGACCUUAUUUUAAAUUACUGUACUAAUAUUAGUUUCUAUUUACUUCUUAAAAGUCAAAAAAUUAAUAUUCAGAAUCAUCCUGUAAUAAAAAGGUUGUACCAAUACAGGCAAAUGUUAAAUAAAAUGGAGCCCAUUUACUUGGAAGUUAUAAAACCUCAAAUAGACAAAAUAUUACUUGCUGUGAGAAAUAACUUGGAAUUACAUGUAACUGAAAUAAAGGAACAGAAGAAAGAUAAGAAACGUAAAUCAGGUAGAUCAUCACCAGAGUCUAAACCCAAGAAAUUGAAACUUCUUAAUGCAAUGGAAAAGGAUGAAGGUGAAGAUACUGGUGUAUCUGAUGAUGAAGACCAAUAUGAAGGAACUGAUUUGUUCAAGACCAGCCAAGAUGUUGAUGUUCAAAGAAACAAUGAUGAGUCAGAAGAGAGUGGAUUCUCUGACAAUGAUGUUUCUCCUAAUGAAAUUGAAACUGAAGACAAUAAACCAUCUACCUCAUCACAGGAUAUUGUACCAGAGGAUGUUGGGGAAAAACGUGAAAUUACAUAUCAAAUUGCUAAAAACAAAGGCUUAACUCCUCACAGAAAGAAAGAUCAAAGAAAUCCUAGAGUUAAACAUAAACUCAAAUAUAGGAAGGCUAAGAUAAGGAGGAAGGGAGCUGUCCGUGAACCCAGGACAGAGAUAACUAGAUAUGCUGGGGAAGCAUCAGGAAUAAAAGCCAAUGUUAAAAAGAGCAUUAAAAUUAAGUGA